AUGUCAAAGGAAAAAGAUGACAAACUGAACCAAAAAACCGCUGCUCAAAAGGUGACCAAGUUCGGUUCCUUCGUUGCAGGUGGAUUGGCAGCAUGUAUAGCAGUAACGGUUACAAACCCAAUCGAAUUGGUCAAGACGAGAAUGCAGCUUCAAGGUGAGCUAUCGGCAUCUGCCCAAAGAAUUUACAAAAAUCCGCUCCAAGGUAUGGCGGUGAUCUUCAGAAAUGAAGGAAUAAAGGGACUACAGAAAGGGCUGGUUGCCGCCUACAUCUAUCAGAUUUGCUUAAAUGGUUCAAGGCUAGGGUUUUACGAGCCUAUUAGAGGCGUUUUAAAUAGUACAUUUUACCCAGAUCAGGAGUCCCAUAAAGUCCAAAGUGUAGCUAUUAACGUCAUAUCAGGUGCUUCAUCUGGUAUCAUCGGUGCCGUUCUAGGAUCUCCUCUGUUUCUUGUGAAGACCAGAUUGCAAUCUUACUCUGAAUCUAUCAAGAUUGGCGAGCAAACUCACUAUAGAGGUGUCUAUGAUGGUUUGAAGACAAUUUUUCAGAAGGAAGGCUUUGUCGGUUUGUAUCGUGGUAUCGAUGCAGCAAUCUUGAGAACGGGUGCUGGUUCUUCUGUUCAGCUGCCCAUCUAUAACACUGCUAAGCGAAUUUUACUGAAAAACGACAUUAUGGAAGAAGGCACUGGACUUCAUUUGGUAGCAAGUACCAUCUCUGGUAUUGGUGUUGGUAUCGUGAUGAACCCUUGGGACGUUAUCCUUACAAGAAUCUACAAUCAAAAAGGUGACCUGUACAAAGGCCCUGUAGAUUGCUUUAUCAAGACAGUGAGAAUUGAGGGUGUCACAGCCCUUUACAAAGGUUUUGAAGCACAGCUGUUUAGAAUUGCUCCUCACACAAUUAUGUGUUUGACAUUUAUGGAACAAACCAUGAAGCUUGUUUAUUCUGUGGAAAACAAGAUUUUUGGCUACGACUAG